UAGACAACUCUAUUAACACUCUUAUUUCUUGUUGCUGAACAUACGAUGCUACUAACACUCGCGCACUCUCUGUUCGGGUUCGCGCACACACGGCUUGUCUCGAGAGCGUCAGUCUCCUCGCGACUAGCAUUCUUAACACAAGUGCUUUACUUGACUCUCGCGGAUCACCACAUGGCGACGAGGUGAAAAUUUAUUAUUUCGGUCGAAAAAGUAUUUUCGCGUGUUGAUUGUACAAGGUGUGUAAAAUAAAUAGCAAUAUGAUAAAAAAAGAAAUAAAUCAGGGGGGAUUGUGAAAACAGUGGUUGAAAGGCCAAAUGAAAAAUUAAAUGAUUGUGCCGUGGCUCAAGGUCACAAGAAAAAUGCUUUCUGUAAGCAUAAAGUGCAGUGAAAUUGCAUGCGGUAAUAAAAUGCGACUCUUUACUAGCAAAAAGAUUGUGAAAACGCCGUGGCUUGGCUUGGAGCCGCGCUUGCAGAGAAAAAGAAAAAACAAAAUGGCUGAUUUUGGAAGUGAAAAAAGCGUCCCUUUGAAGUUGUAUUAGUGAGCAGAUUUUAUGAAUAUCUUUCGUGGUGUUAGUGAAAUUGCACUGAAAUGCAGAGAUGGAAAAAAAUGUUUAAAAAGCAACCGAUUAAAUUACGGUUACAUUUGUUUGAGCUACCGAUUUAGUUACAGUUGUAAUGAAACCGAUUAAAUUACGGUUCGAUGGAUGCUGUUGCCGAUUAAAUUACGGCUUGUGCUUGUUGUAACCGAUUUAAUUACGGUUGGUUGGAUCGUCCGUGAUAAGAUGUGUAAUGUGAAAAUGAAACCGAUUAAAUUACGGUUAAGGAAAUAAUGUAUAGAAAGUCAAUCGAUUAAAUUUCGAUUUGAGAUGAUUAGUUUACUAAUUUUAUUGUGUCUGUUUGAUUGUAACCGAUUAAAUUACGGUUGAAUUACCUGUAGAAAAACAACGAUAUUGGGGAAGAAAAAAACAGUGAGCAAAGACAAUAAGAAGACUUGGAAGAAUACUAAGAAAAAGUAGUGAAAUAAGUCUUUUAUUCAAAAUGAGUGAUUUCUUUUUUUUUGUGUUUCUACUCUGGUUUGGUAUAGCAUAAUUAACCAACAUGGCAGACGGUGAAGAUCCACCGGCCAUCGUACCGCCGCCGCUCGUGACGAAUCUGAACUUCUUCAGUCCAUCGUCAUACAAUCUACCUCAUUUCAAGUACAAGCACUUGCCAGCAUCGGAGAUUCGAAACGCGUGGAAGCAAUGGAUCAGGUGGUUCGAAAACGUUAUGGCUGCUGCCAACGUGUCAGAUCCGACCAACAAGAAGAUUCAAUUGUUGGCUAUGGGUGGUCUGGAGUUACAGAGCGCGUAUUACGGAUUACCUGAUGUUGACAGUGAUGCAGAAGAUGACGACGAAAAUCCUUAUCUAACAGCAAAGAUCAAGCUUACUGAGCACUUCUCCCCAAAGCAUCAUGACAGCUUCGAACGAUUCCUGUUCGGGUCGAUGGCCCCGGAAGCUGAUGAACCGAUCGAGAAAUUUGCUUCGAGGGUUCAACAAAAGGCCGACAAGAUUUGCUUUGGUAGGUCCGAAACAGAGAGUCGACAAAUCGCAAUUAUCGACAAGAUUAUUCGAUUUGCGACGGAUGACCUUCGCCAAAAAUUGCUGGAAAAGGAGACGCUGACGCUGGACGACACCCUGAAAACUGUGAACGCGUUCCAGUCGGUGCGUUACCAAUCAGCAAAGAUGAACGGAGGAAGUUCGAAUCACGAUGUCAACCGUUUGACGGUGAACAGGAGUAAACCAGAACACUCGAGGAGUUACCCAAGCAGACCUGAUGCGCGGCAAUACAGAGGACGGCGAAACCAGCUCAAAUGUUCGCGAUGUGGAUACGAAUCGCACCAGCAGGGUGAGCGAUGCCCAGCUGUGGACAGAACCUGUAAUCGAUGCGGAAUCGUCGGCCAUUUCGGAACAGUAUGUCACACCAAAUCGAGGGAUGAUUGGGCCGGCCGAAAGCGUCCGUAUUCUUCGAUCGAGCGAAGCGAACCUCAGCGAUCUGCUAAACGGCCCCGGGAUGUGUACAAUGUACGCGAACAGACUGAUGAAGAACCUGAAGACUUGCCGGUCUACAAUGUCGGGUUUGACAAUGAUGAAGUCAUUCGUUGUCACGUUGGGGGCGUCCAGAUCGAUAUGCUGGUCGAUUCAGGAUCCAAACACAAUCUCAUUGACGAUACUACUUGGGAGUUGAUGAAGUUGAGGGACGUCAACAUCACGAACGAGCGACUGGAUUCUGACAAGCGGUUCUUGGCCUACGGACGAAUUCCGCUGAAAUUGCUCACAACCUUCGAUGCAAAGCUGGAGGUCGAUGAUAAUGGACAGAUUCUACGAACGACAACUACUUUCUACGUGAUUGAGAAAGGGCAACAACCACUACUCGGCAAGCAGACAGCACAGAAACUGGGCAUCCUGAAGAUUGGGCUUCCGAGCACCCAUUCUGAGGUAGUCCGGAAGGUUGAUAGAACAUCCAAGGCCUUUCCAAAAAUUAGAGGAAUCAAGUUGAACAUCCCCGUCGACAGAACUGUCCCGCCAAUAAUCCAACCACUGCGCCGUUGUCCCAUACCGUUGCUGGAUAAGGUCGAGGAGAAGCUGAACGAGUUGUUGAAGAUGGAUAUCAUCGAACGAGUAACAAGGCCGACGUCGUGGGUUUCACCCCUUGUGCCCAUUCUGAAAGAUAACGGCGAGUUACGUUUGUGCAUUGACAUGAGAAGGGCAAAUCAAGCCAUCCAAAGACUCAACCAUCCGCUACCUGUUUUCGAGGACCUCGUUUCGAGAUUUCGGAAUGCAAAGUUCUUUACAACGCUCGAUAUCAAACAGGCGUUCCAUCAAGUGGAACUCUCCGAGGACUGCCGGGAUGUGACGACCUUCAUCACUAACUGGGGGUUGUUCAGAUAUAAACGUUUACUAUUCGGUGUAAACUGUGCUCCCGAGCUGUAUCAAAACCUGAUGGAGAGCAUUUUGGUUGGGUGCAAGAACUCUGUGGUGUUUAUUGACGACAUUUUGAUUUUUGGGGCAACGGAGGAAGACCACGACGCAGCGGUUAAGCAAGUACUCCAAGUUUUGCACAGCUAUGACAUUUUGUUGAACGAUCACAAGUGCCUAUUCAAACAGCGGGAAGUUGAUUUUCUGGGGCACAAGCUGUCUGCCGAUGGAGUAUCACCAAGCGAAGUGAAGAUAAAAGCGAUCCAGGCCUGCAGAGCACCGAACACUAAAGAAGAGCUAAGAAGCUUUCUUGGACUUGUUACAUAUGUUUCCCGAUUUAUUCCCGAUUUGACCACCGUCAACUAUCCACUCAGACAACUUCUGAAGAUGGAAUCAAGCUUUGAAUGGAGGAAGGACCAUCAAGUAUCUUUUGACAAGGUGAAAGCACUACUUGGUUCUGCAGAGAGCUUGGGAUACUAUGAUCCAAAGGACCGAACACUUGUUGUCACUGACGCCUCAGCGGUCGGAUUGGGCGCUGUCUUAAUCCAAUUUAAGAACUGUCGCCCCCGAGUUAUAAGCUUUGCCUCAAAAAGUUUGACCAACACUGAAAAAGCUUACCCACCGAUCGAGAAGGAAGCCUUGGGGAUCGUAUGGGCGGUUGAGCGAUUCAAAAUCUAUUUGCUGGGCAUCAUCUUUGAGCUGGAGACCGAUCAUCGUCCCCUUGAGACUCUAUUCUCAACAACAUCAAAGCCGACGGCAAGGAUUGAGCGAUGGCUUCUACGAUUACAAGCGUUCAAAUUCAAAGUUGUCUACAGAAAAGGAUCCGCGAACUUGGCUGACUGCCUGUCUCGAUUAGCAUCACACGUGGAGGACCCCAACUGGACCGAAGAAUCGGAAGUGUAUAUCAGGCGAGCUGUGGUGCAAUCGAUUUCGUCCUUGUCAGCAGCUGGAAAUGACCCGGAUUUUGACGCGGAAACUGAAGAUGUCAUUCGCGCCAUUCAGGAGUCCGCCGCAAUCGACAUCUCGGAAGUGAUCUCGGCAACUGAGGGUGAUAAAGAGCUCCAAAUACUAAUCGCUGCCAUCACCGGUGGUAAUUGGGACAAGGAAGAGCUGAAGCCGUACAAGCCUUUUCGUUUGGAGUUUUCUUACAUCAACAAGUUGAUCAUGCGUGGUACGAAACUCGUAAUACCAAGCUCAUUGCGCUCUAGGAUGUGCGAAUUGGCGCACGAAGGGCAUCCCGGCCAAUCGAUGAUGAAGAGGAGAUUACGCGAACGCUGCUGGUGGCCUGGAGUAGAUCGGGAUGCCGUCAAAACUUGCGAUCGCUGUGAAGGUUGUCGCUUGGUUCAAGCAUCGGACCCUCCAGAACCGAUGACGCGCCGUCUGCUACCGGAAAAACCGUGGAUCGAUAUUGCGAUUGAUUUCCUCGGGCCAAUGCCGACAGGACAUUAUUUGUUGGUAGUAAUCGACUACUACAGCCGGUACAUGGAAGUUGAGAUAAUGACUCGGAUCACUGCACAGGAGACUAUCAACCGUCUAAAGCGGAUCUUUCGGACUUGGGGUGCCCCGCGUACUAUAACGCUUGACAACGCAAAGCAGUUCGUAUCGUCAGAGUUCAAGGACUUUUGUAACACCAACGGUAUCCACCUCAAUCACACUUCCCCGUACUGGCCACAAGCCAACGGCGAGGUGGAAAGGCAGAACAGGUCCCUACUUAAGCGAAUGAAGAUAUCUCAUGCCAUUCACGAGGAUUGGAAAGUCGAACUGGACCAGUAUCUGAAUCUGUAUAACAACAACCCACACACGAUCACCGGAAAACCACCAAGCGAACUGCUACAAGGAAGAAAGCUGCGUUCUAAGCUACCACAACUUGAGGAUCUUGCGAGUACUCCCCCAUGUACGGAUUUCAGAGAUCAGGACACGUCGAAGAAAAUGGUUCAAAAGGAAAGAGAAGAUGAAACGCGACGAGCCAGACCAAGUGAUAUCUCUGUUGGUGACAUUGUACUUUUGAAAAACCUGCUCCCUUCGAACAAACUAUCUACCAAUUUCUUGAAAGAGAAGUUUACCGUGGUUGAUAGAAAUGGCUCGAAUGUUACCAUCCAGUCGCAGGAAUCCGGAAAGACGUACGAUCGAAAUGUUGUACACCUGAAGAAAUGUGAACCAACCGUUGAGUACGAGAUGAAUGAGCCGGAGAACGCCCUGAGUGACACCGAUUCCCCAAACACGGAAUCACCCGGAGAUGCAGCAUUUCCGGAAGUUAGACGAUCAUCGCGUGCUCCCAAACCGGUCACCAUGUUUAGCCCUUCCAGAUAAGUAUCGUUUAUUGUUAACUGUACACUAACCAGAACCGUGUAAAAUAAUGUUUAAAUAAAUAAGGUUGAUCACGAUUAAAUACAUCAAUUCUUUAUGUAAACU